GGAAACUCUCCUUCUCUUCAUUAAUAUAUUUACUGAUCAACAACAGAGCCGUCGCUCUACACCAGACACAUAUCCCUGCGUUUCAGAUUUUAAUCUUAGUUGUAGGUAACUGAUUUGUAAGACACUAUGUCGACAGAGUUUGGUAUAACGCAAGCUGCUCGUUGUUUUAUAAACGGUCCAAACAAAGACAACAUCAGAGCAGGCUGCAAAAGAUGUGGAUAUCCUGGUCAUUUGACAUUUGAAUGUCGUAAUUUUGUCCGUGUGGAUCCGAGGAAGGACAUUGUUUUGGAUGUGAGCAGCACCAGCAGUGAGGAGAGUGAAGAGGAGGAGCAGGAAGCUGUCAGCAAAGAGAAGAUCGUCGGCAGCCAUUCAAAAGGCUCUCACGACGAGUCCAGGAAAGAAAAACAUAAAAAGAAAAUCAAAGACAAAUCUCAUCGAAAGGCCAAAAAGAGGUCUUAUUCAUCGAGUGAUGAUGAGGAAGAAGUGAGCAAGAAGAAGAAAAAGCACAAGAGCCACAAAAAGAAAGGGAAAAAGGAGAAAAGAGAGAAAGAAAAGAAACACAAGAAAAAACAUCAUAAGAAAGCCACAGACUCUUCCUCCUCUGACAGCUCUACCGGAUCAUCAGACACGGACUGAAGCUUUGACCGAAUCACAGCAAAAAUAACUAUAAAACACCUUCUGCCAGACACAUUUGUACAUAACACCUUUAUACAUUAGAAAUAAAUUUUGUCUUUUAUACUUA